AAAUCAUGUGACUGAGUAAGCAAAGGAAACCUGCGGAGCUACUUUCCGAGUGGGCAGAAUUUGCAGACUUAGCAGGAUGCUCUCACCUGAAAGGCCCGGGCUGUUCCGUGUCCUGUGCCUGUGCGCUCUGUUCGAAGCGGCAUGUCUGCUGAACACCGGCAUGCUCUUCCCCCGGGAGUCUUCCUCCAGGGAGGUGAAGGAGCUGAGCGGGCUCUGGAGCUUCAGGGCUGAUAAGUCUCCAGACAGGAACCAAGGCUUCGACAAGGCAUGGUACAAAAGUCGCCUGAGGGAGACGGGCCCAGUGAUUGACAUGCCAGUUCCUGCCAGCUACAAUGACAUCACGCAGGACCCCACUUUGAGAGAUUUCAUUGGCUGGGUGUGGUAUGAGCGCGAGGUGGUGGUGCCUGCGCGCUGGAUCACUGAUGAAGGAACAAGAGUGGUUAUCAGAGUGGGAAGUGCUCACUAUUACUCAAUAGUGUGGGUGAACGGGGUGAAGGUGACAGAGCAUAACGGCGGCCAUCUUCCUUUUGAGGCUGAGGUAGGCAGUUUAAUCCGCAAGGAUCCAACCCAGCCAUGCAGGAUCACCAUCGCCGUCAACAACACUCUGACUCUGGAGACUCUUCCUCCAGGAAGCAUCCAGCACAUCGACGACAUCACCAAGUAUCCGAAAGGCUUUUUUGUGCAAAACAUCUACUUUGAUUUCUUCAACUACGCUGGUAUACAUCGACCUGUAUUGCUGUAUACUACUCCUACGGCCUAUGUGGAUGACAUCACUGUGGUGACGGACUUCUUGGAUAACACUGGUAAAUAAUGCAUGCACACUUUA